CAGGUCGCGUGGCAACCAUCAACGACCAACGGUUAGCAACGGUUACAGUUGGACGGCUAAAUUUGGACGAACAACGACAACGCACUGUCAGCGGUCAAAAAACAUAUUUUCUAACAACAACAGACAGAAAAUGUGGCCUGAGGGCAUCUAUAUCAGGUGGUGAGUGUAGAGAAGGUAAACAACAGAACAGAGUAUUUCAGCAGUAAGGAGGUGAUUUUGGUGCCUGAGCUCUUCAUGAUGGAUGCACCUAAUCUGAAGGCAAACAAUCAUGGAUCUCUGGGCCAAUGCAAACAGACGAGAGAAGAGCGAGAUAAGCUCCUCACCCCAGCACACGAGUACAUGAUUAACAUCCUGGCUGAGAGGCUGUCCUUGGAGCCAACAGCAGUGGAGGGAUUUAUUUCAGAUUCUUCAUCUCUGGCUGCUUUUGAUAAUUUCUUCGCAAAAGGAGGUUGUAAAACCAUUUCCUUUGUCUAUCAAACGUGUGAACUCCCAGCAACAGAAUCCGGGCACACAAAUCCUAAGAAUACCAAAGGAAAAAAUAUAUUGAGGCUGUUCAUAGCCGAUUUGUCUAAGACCUGCCUGACAGGCAUUUGCUGCUCUUUCACACGGCCUAGAGUGGACAUUCCUGUCACUUCAGAAAACAUCCAUGAAGAAAUCUUCUUUAAAAUGAUUGAUGCCAGAGAUGGCCUCCUGAAAGGAACAAUGAAUGCCUUGAGCUUCGUGCUACCAGCUCUGGAAACAGGGCAAAACUGGGGUGUCUUAGAGAAGUCUAAACAUGGAGAAAAACUUAUAAAGAAUUUCAAGUACACCAUAGAGCGCUGUCUUAACACCCUAAAGGACGCUCAGAUGAGCAAUGAGAGUAUUAUUCACGUGACUACAGUCACAGAUGUUGACCUCUCUAAAUUGGCCUCCCUUGAGGACAUGAAAGCUGCAGCUGCCAACGUUGACAUGGUGCAUAAAAUGGAGGAAAUUCUCAUGCAGUGGUAUAAGCAAAUCGAACAGAUCUUGCUAGAAAGUGAUCAACUGAGGAAAGGGGUUGAUACUGGUGGGCCACUGACUGAGUUAGACCACUGGAAGAAAAUGUCUAUAAGAUUCAACUCCAUUAUCAGUCAUAUAAAAAGCCCGGAGUGUAAGGCAGUGCUGAUGGUGCUCCAUAUCAGCAAAUCCAAGAUGAUGAAGAUGUGGCAGGAGUUGGAUAACAGGAUAACAGAUUGUGUCAAUGAGGCAAAAGACAAUGUGAAAUUCCUGAGCACACUGGAGAAAGUCUUUCAGCCUCUUUACAACAGCGACCCGGUAACCAUAAUGAAAAACGUGCCGAACAUCAUCAGCGCCAUACAAAUGAUUUACUCCGUUUCACUGUACUACAAUACGAGUGAAAAGAUAUCUCGUCUGUUCAUCAGUGUCACAAAUCAGAUGAUUACAGCAUGCAGAUCAUAUAUUACUGUCAACGGCACACAGCAAAUAUGGGACCAAGAUCCUGAAGACCUCAUCAGGAAAAUGCAGGAUUGUGUCUGCUUGUAUCAGGAGUAUCAGACUUGCUUCCAGGAACAGACAGCUGAAAACCGUGUAAAGAAGCCCUUGGAGGUUUCAGAGAAUCUUAUUUUCAGCAAGUUUGAGAGCUUAUGCAAACAACUCAAAAAGAUCACACAAAUAAUCACAGUUUUCAAGACAUUUGAAUCUCUCGGAAAAUCAAAUAUUGAGGGCAUUGCGGUUCUGGCGAGAAAUUUCCACACAGUAUCCAUGAAUAUAAAAAGGAAGCAGUAUGACAUGCUGGCUCCAAAGGGAGCUGAAUUUGAAAUGGAUUUUGCUAAGUUCAUGGUUCAAAUAAGCAACCUAGAGAACCAGCUGGUGGCAUUUAUGAGUUCAUGGUUCUCAAACAUCAUCUCAUCCCAGCAAGCACUAUGUCUACUGAAACUUUUUCAGGGGCUGAACAUUCCCUGUCUUGACCCAGAAAUUUCCAGAGUCUUGGGUCUCAUUCUCCAGCAUUAUGCCACAGAAAUAGAGUUUGUGAAAAAGCUCUAUGAGACAGAGAGCAAUGACCCCCCAUUAUGUAGAAAUAUGAGUCCUGUGGCUGGAAGGAUUGUUUGGGCCAGGCACCUCUACAGAAAAAUAGAGGAACCCAUAUUAUACAUUCAAAAAAACUCUGACAUCCUGCGCAGCCCAGAGGGACAAGAGGUGGUUAAAAUGUACAAUCUAACUGCAGCAGCGCUGAUGAAGUUCGAGUGUGUUUACCACAGCGUGUGGAUAGAGGAAGUGUCAAGACUGGAUUACGUCUGGAAUGUUACACUGCUGGUUCGUCACCCAAAGACUAAAAAAUAUUAUGCCAACUUUGAUCCUAAAAUCACUGAGGUCAUUCGGGAGGCAAAGUGUUUGUUGAAGAUGGGUUUGGAGGUUCCAAAGCAGGCUUUGCGCCUGGUCAGCUCGGAAAGCAAAUUAAACACUUAUCACCUCCGACUACAGACCAUUUUGGCAGAUUACGAGUCUACUUGUGCGAGCAUACCUGAGGAAUGUGCCAACUUGAUGGAUUCACAAAUAAAAAAUGUGGAAUUUGCGCUUCGCCAUGGGUCAGUGUUGCACACCUGGUCAUCCCUCCUCCUAGACAAAUUCUUCCUAAAUGUUGACACUGCUUUGUUUGAGCUCAAACAUAUCACAAAGAAGGUGCAAGAUAUCUAUGAAAUACACAUUGAUAAGGUCCUUAAAGACAUCUCAAAGACUGUGAUGAUUGAGCUCCCAGAAUCGUGUCAGGUGUCUUCACUGCAGGAUCUGAUUGAACAUAAUGAGAUUCUAUGUAAGGAGCAGACAAAGACAUUGGACUACAAAUGUGGUCGUGUCAAAGAAGCAGUGGAGGAGCUGGAUCACGUGUUGAACAUCAGAAAUUCAGGCCAGAGCAGUACGAGAUCGUCAGGAGAACGAGAGACAGAGAUCCCAGAUGAGGGAAAGGGUAAAGAGAAAGCGAUCAAAUUUGAAAGGGAGUUUAGGAAGCUUUAUGAAAACUUCACUGCAAGGGUGUUAGAAGCACUGAUCAAAACAACCAAGUUAUCGCUGGAGACCAUGAAAAGGAGAAUGUGUGACAAUAAUGCUUUCGAGAAGUCUCAUCUGGUCUCACUAUUCAAAUCUGAAGUCCAGAUGGUUAAACCUGAUGUGGUAAUGACUCCAACUUUAGAUGAGAUCCAACAGACCAUAAAACAACUAAUUGGGUUGGUGUUGGACGUUAGCAAGGGUGUUUCAUGGCAGCAGGAGUAUAGCCAAGAUUCCACAAAAAACAAAGGAGGAAAAGUGAAUUUCCAUCAAAGAAUUGUUGAAAACAAGGACAUCAAAAAAGUUGUGGUCAUACUGAAAUUAGCCAUCAGCUCCCAGAAAGGACCAGUGACUGAAGUGCUAGAGCGGUUCAAUCAUUUCAAAGCACUCUGUAAUGAGGACAAGAACCUCAAAGUCAAGGAAUUCAUGGACACCAAACCAUCCUUGCUCCAGAUCAAAGCUGAAAUUCAGCACUACGAUGCAAUUGAACAAGAAAUUGAUGAUAUUAAACCCAUCAUUGCUGUGGGGACUACCGCAUUGUCAACAGAACCAUUAAAGGUGACCUUGAGACUUGAGACCAAAGCCUGGAAGAAACUGUUGUGCAAAUACCUGAGGGAGCGGUACAAGAAGAUAAUGAUAGACAAUAACAUAAAUUUUAACAAAUAUCUCACACAUCUUUCUCAUCCUGUGGUUAAUAUGGAAGAUGUGCGCCAAACCAUGGGUGCCCUGUCAAAACUUCGGGAUGCUGAAAUACAAACCGAUAUGACAUUGAUAUCCAUUGAGGAAGCCUAUGAAAUUUUGACGAAAUAUGAUGAGGUGACCAAAAGAGAAACAGAGGGUGUGUGCAAUCUGAGGCAGUCCUUCAAAAAGCUUGAGACCAAAGCUAGAUCAGUGCAAUAUGAGCUUGUUCGUAUGCAGCCCAUGUUCAAACAAAACCUUCUGGAGGGAGUUUCCACUUUUCAAAAUGCUGUUGGCACUUUUUUGGAACAGUAUGAUUCAGAAGGCCCCAUGGCCGACGGAAUAGCUCCUCAAGAAGCCAGCUGCAGGCUACGGAAUUUUCAGGUUAGAUUUGAAGAGCUGUGGAAAAAUUUCAACACAUAUACCUCCGGGGAGCAGCUUCUUGGCUUGCCAGUCACAAAUUAUGACUGUCUAGAGAAGAAAAAAAAAGAACUUGAUCUGCUACAGAAACUCUAUGGCCUGUAUGAUGCAGUGAUGAGUAAGAUUCAGGGGUACUAUGGCAUUCUGUGGACAGAUGUGGAUAUUGAGAAGAUCAAUUCAGAACUUUUGGAAUUUCAGAACAGGUGCCGAAAGCUGCCCAAAGGAUUGAAGGACUGGCAAGCCUUCCAAGACCUGAAGAAGACAAUUGAUGAUUUCAGUGAGUCUUGCCCUCUGCUUGAGAUGAUGGCAAACAAAUCUAUGAUGAUGAGGCACUGGGGCCGAAUCACAGACCUGACUGGGCACAAAUUUGAGGUGGAGUCAGAUACCUUUACACUGCAGAACAUCAUGGAAGCACCUCUGUUGAAGUACAAGGAUGAUAUUGAGGACAUCUGCAUAUCAGCUGUGAAGGAGAAGGAUAUUGACGCCAAGUUGUCACAAGUGAAAGAAGUGUGGUCCAGUCAGACUUUGACCUUGAUGACAUUCAAGGAUAGAGGAGAGCUGAUGCUGAAAGCGGCAGAUACAACAGAGAUCCUUACCAUCCUGGAGGAUAGUCUGAUGGUGCUGGGGUCACUGCUAAGCAACAGAUAUAGCGCCUUCUACAAAGCAGAGAUUCAGGAUUGGGUCUCAAAGCUUUCAACAUCAUCUGAUGUCAUUGAACAGUGGGUUAUUGUGCAAAACCUGUGGAUCUAUUUGGAGGCUGUGUUUGUUGGGGGCGACAUUGCCAAAGACCUCCCACAGGAAGCAAAGCGUUUUCAGAACAUUGACAAGUCCUGGAUCACGAUCAUGCAACGAGCCCAAAAAGUUCCAAAUGUGGUGGAAUGCUGUGUGUGUGAUCCAAUUCUAGGAGAGCUCCUACCAGAUCUUCAGAAACAGCUCGAGUUCUGUCAAAAAUCUCUUGCAGGGUACCUUGAGAAAAAGAGGCUCCUGUUCCCACGGUUCUUCUUCGUGUCUGAUCCGGCCCUCUUAGAAAUCCUUGGACAAGCCAGCGAUUCUCACACAAUUCAGUCGCAUCUACUCGGUGUGUUUGACAAUGUUAAUGAAGCAGAGUUUCAUCAGAAAGAGUAUGACAAGAUUUUGGCUGUUAUUUCACAAGAGGGGGAGAAACUACCGCUGGACAAACCUGUCAUUGCACAGGGAGCAGUGGAGCUCUGGCUGGGGGAGCUGUUGAUACAACAGCAGGCUUCGUUACACUCUGUUAUCAAAUCUUCAGAUUUAGAGAUCAAUGAUGAAGACUUCAAUCUCCUGAAUUUCCUGAACGAUUUCCAAGCCCAGGUGGGCUUGCUGGGAAUCCAGAUGCUUUGGACAAGAGAUGCGGAAGAGGCACUGCAAAAUGCUGAAUAUGACAAGGACAUUAUGCCUUUCACCAAAAAGAAAUUCCUAAAUAUACUCAGCACACUCAUUAAACAAACCACCUACGACCUGAGCAAGUUUGACAGGGUCAAAUAUGAGACACUCGUCACAAUUCACGUGCACCAGAGUGAUAUAUUCAAUGAUCUAGUAAAAAUGCGUAUAAAAUCUAUCAGUGACUUUGAAUGGCUGAAGCAGAGCAGAUUUUACUUUAGGGAGGACUUGGAUCAGGUCAUUGUGUCCAUCACGAAUGUCGACUUCAUUUAUCAGAAUGAGUUCCUAGGCUGCACUGACCGUCUGGUAAUCACCCCUCUGACUGACAGGUGUUACAUCACACUGUCCCAGGCUUUAGGCAUGAGCAUGGGAGGAGCCCCCGCAGGGCCGGCUGGCACCGGGAAGACUGAAACCACUAAAGACAUGGGUCGCUGCCUCGGCAAGUAUGUGGUGGUGUUCAACUGCUCAGACCAAAUGGACUUCAGAGGACUUGGCAGGAUAUAUAAAGGCCUUGCACAGUCAGGGUCAUGGGGCUGCUUUGAUGAGUUCAACAGAAUCGACCUCCCAGUGCUUUCUGUUGCUGCUCAGCAGAUCUACAUUGUACUGAUGGCACGCAAGAAACACAAAAGCACUUUCAUCUUUACUGAUGGAGACUGUGUGGAUCUGAAUCCAGAGUUUGGCCUGUUUAUCACAAUGAAUCCUGGAUAUGCAGGUCGCCAGGAACUUCCUGAAAACUUAAAAGUGCAAUUCAGGACAGUAUCAAUGAUGGUACCAGACCGGCAGAUCAUCAUGAGAGUCAAACUAGCCAGUUGUGGAUUCAAUGACAAUGUCAUCUUAGCCCAGAAAUUCUUUGUCCUUUAUAAACUGUGUGAAGAACAACUUACAAAACAGGUGCACUAUGACUUUGGCCUGAGGAACAUCCUGUCUGUGUUAAGAACACUGGGGGCCUGUAAAAGAGCACGGCCAGAUGACACAGAGUCCAGCACUGUCAUGAGAGUGCUGCGUGACAUGAACCUUUCUAAACUGGUGGAUGAGGAUGAGCCCCUCUUCCUUAGUUUGAUCAAUGACCUGUUCCCUGGUAUCCAGCUGGAUGGGAGUACAUAUGUUGAACUUCAAGCUGCUGUUGCCCAUCAAGUUGAACUUGCUGGAAUUGUCAACCACCCACCAUGGAACCUCAAGCUGGUUCAGCUUUAUGAAGCCUCACGAGUGCGCCAUGGCCUGAUGACUUUGGGCCCAAGUGGAGCUGGGAAGACCACGGUCAUCAACAUUCUCAUGCGAGCUUUGAGUGAAUGUGGAACCCCACACAGGGAGAUGCGCAUGAACCCCAAAGCAAUUACUGCUCCACAGAUGUUCGGUCGUCUUGAUGCAGCUACCAAUGAUUGGACAGAUGGGAUCUUUUCCACUCUGUGGAGGAGGACACUUAAAGCCAAAAAAGGGGAGUUCAUAUGGAUCGUGCUGGAUGGCCCCGUAGACGCCAUAUGGAUUGAGAACCUCAAUUCUGUGCUGGAUGAUAACAAAACACUGACCCUGGCUAAUGGUGACCGCAUCACCAUGAGUCCAUCCUGCAAGCUGGUGUUUGAGGUGCACAACAUGGAUAAUGCCUCCCCUGCUACUGUGUCCCGGGUGGGCAUGGUCUUCAUGAGCUCUUCAGCUCUUAGCUGGGAGCCCAUACUCCAGGGAUGGGCUCACAAGCGCAAUGCACAAGAGGCAGAGAGCAUUAUGGGUUUAUACGAUAAGAUAUAUGGGGACGCCUACCUAUUUAUGAGGCAGAACCUUAAACCCAAAAUGGAGCUUUUGGAAUGCAACUACAUAAUGCAGUCUGUGAAUCUGCUGGAGGGCCUCAUCCCAACCAAGGACCCAGGUGUUUUGGCCGGCAGCAAGCGACUUGAACGCCUCUUUGUCUUCUGCCUGAUGUGGAGUCUGGGAGCCCUUUUGGAGUUAGAGGAUAGAGACAAACUGGAGGCUUACAUCAGAGCGCAUGAAAGCAGCAUUGAUGUGCCUCAAAUACAGUCAGGGGAGACUAUGUUUGAGUAUAUGGUCAAUCCAAACGGUGAGUGGUGUCAUUGGAAUAACCAUGUUGGGGAGUACAUCUAUCCGACUGACCUCGUGCCAGACUAUGCCUCUAUCCUUGUGCCAAAUGUGGACAAUACAAGAACCUCAUUCCUGCUGGAGACUAUUGCCAAGCAACGCAAAGCUGUACUGCUUAUUGGUGAACAAGGGACAGCUAAGACAGUGAUGAUAAAAAGCUACACAAAAACAUAUGAUCCAGAGACAGACCUGUUCAAGUCCCUAAACUUCUCAUCAGCGACAGAACCCCUGAUGUUCCAGCGAACAGUGGAAAGCUACAUUGAGAAAAGAAUUGGCAGCACCUAUGGACCCCCAGGAGGACGCAGGAUGACAGUCUUUGUUGAUGAUAUCAACAUGCCUGUUGUCAAUGAAUGGGGAGAUCAGAUCACCAACGAGAUAGUGCGCCAGAUGAUGGAAAUGAACGGCAUGUACAAUCUGGACAAGCCAGGAGACUUCACCAACAUUGUAGACGUACAGAUACUGGCUGCCAUGAUUCACCCUGGUGGUGGGAGGAACGACAUCCCACAACGACUGAAGAGACAGUUUACAGUCUUCAACUGUACUCUGCCGUCCAACACAUCCAUUGAUAAAAUCUUUGGUGUAAUCGGCUGUGGAUAUUUCCAUACAUGCAGAGACUUCAAGCCCGAGAUUUCAGAUAUGGUGAUGUGUCUUGUGUCUGCUGGGAGGAUUCUAUGGCAGUGGACAAAGGUAAAAAUGCUUCCUACGCCAUCCAAGUUCCACUACAUCUUCAAUUUGAGAGACCUGUCCAGGAUCUGGCAAGGAAUGUUAAACAUUAAGUCCGAGGAGUGUAAUGAUAUCCCCACUCUCCUGGCUCUUUUCAAAAGUGAAUGUACGAGGGUGAUUGCUGACAGGUUUAUUUGCUCUGAGGACAGAGAGUGGUUUGAGAAGGCUGUAACUCGUGUGAUUCAAGAGCACGUUGACCCCGACCUUGUCCCAGAAAUUCAUCCUGAGCCAUACUUUGUGGACUUCCUGCGAGAUGCUCCUGAGCCCACUGGAGAAGAAGACGAUGAUGCCUGCUUUGAUGCCCCCAAAAUCUAUGAACUGGUGCCAAGUUUUGAGUUUUUAUCAGAAAAGCUGAUAAUGUAUCAGUCCCAGCACAAUGAGACUGUGAGAGGCUCCAGCCUAGAUCUGGUUUUCUUCACGGACGCCAUGACUCAUCUCGUUAAGAUCUCGCGAAUCAUUCGAACUGACAAUGGUAACGCUCUGCUUGUGGGAGUCGGAGGAUCUGGGAAACAGAGUCUGACUCGCUUAGCAUCAUACAUAGCUGGAUACAGCAUCUUUCAGAUCACACUGACAAAAACAUACAACAUAAAUAAUUUCAUGGAAGACCUGAAAGUGUUGUAUAAAACAGCUGGGGCAGAUGGACACGGCAUCACCUUCAUCUUUACAGAUAAUGAAAUAAAAGAUGAAGCCUUCCUCGAGUACCUCAACAAUGUUCUUUCUUCUGGAGAGGUCUCCAACCUUUUCGCUAAAGACGAGAUACAAGAGAUCACCCAGAACCUGAUCGCUGUGAUGAAAAAGGAGUUUCCUCGUGUUCCUCCAACUUUCGACAAUCUUUAUGACUACUUCAUAUCCCGGUCCAAAAAGAAUCUGCAUGUAGUUCUUUGCUUCUCACCAGUGGGACAGAAGUUUCGCUCCAGAGCUAUGAAGUUUCCAGGGUUGAUUUCUGGCUGCACCAUAGACUGGUUCACCCCUUGGCCCAAUGAGGCUCUGGUGGCUGUGUCUAACUAUUUCUUAUCAGAGUUUCCGAUGGUUUGCUCUGAUGAAGUGAAGGCUUCUGUGGUGACCACCAUGGGUACAUAUCAUGACAAAGUGUCUGAUACCUGUGAAAGCUACUUUGAAAGAUUUCGAAGAAGAACUCAUGUCACCCCUAAAUCCUACUUAUCUUUUAUAAAUGGUUACAAAACACUGUACACUGAAAAACACAACUAUAUCAACACACUAGCAGAGCGCAUGGAUGUUGGGUUGGACAAACUCAUGGAGGCCAGUAAGUCUGUGGCUCAACUAUCCAAAGAGCUUGAAGUCAAGGAAAAAGAACUGGCUGUAGCAUCUGUCAAAGCUGACAAGGUGGUAGCAGAGGUGACAGUCAGUGCUGAAGCUGCUACCAUCAUAAAGAACGAGGUCCAGGUUGUGAAGGAUAAAGCUCAGAAAAUUGUGGAUGAAAUCGGGGUAGAGAAAGCAAUUGCGGAGAAGAAGCUAGAGGCUGCCAAGCCGGCUUUAGAAGACGCUGAAGCUGCACUAAAUACCAUCAAGCCUGCUGACAUUGCCACUGUGAGAAAAUUGGCCAAACCUCCACAUCUGAUCAUGAGGAUCAUGGACUGCUGCUUGCUUUUAUUCCAAAAGAAUGUGGACAGUGUCACUCUUGAUCCAGAACGAGGUUGUCUUAAACCAUCAUGGUCAGAAGCACUGAAGCUUAUGAGCGGUGCUGGUUUCAUGAUUUCCCUCCAGCAGUUCCCAAAGGACCAAAUUUCAGAGGAAAUGGUAGAACUGCUGAAGCCAUAUUUUGAAAUGGAGGAUUACACAAUGGAAAAUGCCCAGAAAGUGUGUGGUAAUGUAGCUGGUCUGCUGGCAUGGACCCGGGCUAUGGCCACAUUCUUUGGCAUCAACAAAGAAGUGCUGCCACUCAAGGCUAACCUGGCCAUUCAGGAAACCAAACUGAUAUCGGCUAAUAAUGAGCUAAGUAAAGCUGAGGCUCAGCUGGACGAAAAGCAAGCAGAGUUUGACAAAGUGAAGGCCAAAUGUGAUGCUGCUAUGAAAGAGAAACAGGACUUGCUGGAUGGUGCUGAGAUGUGCAAGAAUAAAAUGCAGGCUGCGUCCCAACUUAUUGAUGGACUGAGUGGAGAAAAAGUUCGCUGGAUAGAGCAAAGCAAAGAAUUUAAAUUACAAAUCAAAAGACUUGUCGGUGACGUGCUCCAGCUCACUGGCUUCUUGUCUUACUGCGGGCCAUUCAACCAGAAUUUCCGUGACAUGUUGUUGAAGGACAUCUGGAAGGCUGAGCUCAGGAGACAUAAAAUCCCUUUUACAGAAGACCUCAACCUCAUUUCUGCCCUGGUGGAUCCUCCCACUAUAAGUGAGUGGAACCUUCAAGGACUCCCUGGAGAUGACUUGUCAGUGCAGAAUGGUAUCAUCGUCACAAAAGCAACAAGAUAUCCCCUCCUCAUCGAUCCCCAGACUCAGGGAAAGGCUUGGAUUAAGGAAAAAGAAAAGGCUAAUUCAUUCCAAGUGACAUCACUCAACCACAAGUUCUUUCGCACUCAUUUGGAAGAUUGUCUUUCCCUGGGACGCCCACUGCUUAUUGAAGAUGUUUGUGAGGAGCUGGACCCGGCCCUUGACAAUGUCCUUGAGAAAAACUUCAUUAAAUCUGGGACUAGUUUCAAGGUUAAAGUGGGAGACAAAGAGGUGAAUGUGAUGGAUGGCUUCCAGCUUUAUAUAACCACCAAACUGCCUAAUCCAGCAUACACUCCAGAAGUCAGUGCCAAGACAUCGAUCAUUGAUUUCACUGUUAAUAUGAAGGGCCUGGAGAACCAGCUGCUCGGUCGUGUCAUCCUUGCAGAGAAAUAUGAACUAGAGGCAGAAAGAUUGAAACUAAUCGAGGAUGUAACUGCCAAUAAGAGAAAGAUGCAAGAGUUGGAAGACAACUUGCUGUACAAACUCAGCAGCACAAAAGGUUCCUUGGUUGAUGAUGACUCAAUGAUGAGCAUUUUGACUGUGACUAAGCAAACUGCUGCUGAAGUUAGCACAAAGCUCACUGUCGCAGCAAACGCGGAGCUGAAGAUCAACGAAGCUCAGGCAGAAUAUCGUCCCGUCGCCUCGCGAGGCAGCAUCCUUUACUUCCUUAUCACAGAAAUGAGCAUGGUCAACGUCAUGUACCAGACUUCCCUGGGCCAGUUCCUCAAAGUCUUUGACCUGUCAUUGGCAAGGUCGGAGAAGUCCUCCAAAACUCAAAAGCGAAUUGCUAACAUCAUUGAACAUCUGACUUACGAGGUGUUCAGAUAUACAGUGAGAGGCCUGUAUGAAAACCACAAGUUCAUCUUCACACUCUUGCUGGCCCUCAAGAUUGACUUGCAGAAGAAAGUAAUAGAGCACAACAAAUUUCAGAUCCUCAUUAAAGGUGGCGCAGCUCUUGACCUGAAGACCUGCCCCCCAAAGCCCUUCAGCUGGAUCCUGGAUCUGGUGUGGCUAAACUUGGUGGAACUCAGCAAAUUGUCACAAUUCACUAACAUCAUAAACCAGGUGUCUCAAAACGGGAAACCCUGGAAAGCAUGGGUCAAUCUCGAUGCCCCGGAGGAGGGUGUCAUCCCAGAAUACAACUCCCUCGAUGUCUUCCAUAAACUGUUGUUAAUAAGGUCUUGGUGCCCUGACCGUACCCUGUCUCAAGCCAGAAAGUAUGUAGCAGAGUCCCUGGGCAUGAGGUUUGCUGAGCCGGUCCUCCUAAACCUUCACAGCACAUGGGAGGAGAGUGACCCUCGCACCCCUCUAAUAUGCUUUCUUUCUAUGGGCUCAGAUCCCACUGAGCAAAUUGAAGCACUUGCUAAGAAACUUGAGCUUGAAUGCAGAGCUAUAUCCAUGGGGCAAGGGCAAGAGGUGCACGCAAGGAAGCUUAUUCAGACAUCAAUGUCGCAGGGAGGCUGGGUCCUUCUGCAAAAUUGCCACCUGGGGCUGGACUUUAUGGAUGAGCUGCUAGAAACUAUCUCAACAGCAGAGACCAUGCAUGAUUCUUUCAGGGUGUGGAUCACCACAGAACCACACAAUCUGUUCUCCAUCACACUCCUACAGUCCUCUAUCAAGUUUACGAACGAUCCACCCCAGGGAGUGCGCGCUGGCCUGAAACGAACAUUUGUAGGAAUUUCACAGAACCAGCUGGAAGUCAGCAACCUUCCCAUGUGGAAGCCCAUGCUGUACAGCGUGGCUUUCCUCCACACCGCUGUGCAGGAACGGCGCAAAUUUGGGCCGUUAGGUUGGAACAUACCGUAUGAGUUCAACUCCGCAGAUUUCACCGCAAGUGUUGAGUUUGUCGAGAGACACUUGGAUGAUUGCGGCCCCAAGAAGGAUGUGUCUUGGGUAACUGUGCGAUACAUGCUAGCUGAGGUGCAGUAUGGAGGAAGGGUUACAGAUGACUACGACAAACGCCUACUCAAGUGUUUUGCACGUGUGUGGUUCAGUAAGAAGAUGUUUGAUCCCUCAUUUUGCUUCUACACGGGCUACAAAAUUCCAGUGUGCAAGACAGUAGAGGAGUACCUGGAAUACAUUCAAAGCUUGCCCACUAUGGAUUCACCCCAAGCGUUGGGGCUGCAUCCUAAUGCUGAUAUCACGUAUCAGACGAACACAUCUGCUGAAGUGCUCGACACAAUCACAAAUAUCCAGCCCAAGGAAAGUGGAGGGGGAUCAGGAGCAACUCGAGAGUCCAUUGUUUACAACAUGGCGGAGGACAUGUUGGAGAAACUGCCCCCAAAUUACGUGCCACACGAGGUCAAAGCCAUGCUGGUGAAGAUGGGAAUCCUGAACCCAAUGAACAUCUUCCUACGUCAGGAGGUGGACCGAAUGCAAAGGAUCAUCGGUGUGGUGCGCACAAGUCUGACCGACCUGAAGCUGGCCAUUGAUGGUACUAUCAUCAUGAGUGAGAAUCUCCGUGAUGCCCUGGACAAUAUUUUUGAUGCCCGUGUGCCAAACCUGUGGAGGAAAAUCUCCUGGGAGUCAUCCACGCUGGGCUUUUGGUUCACAGAACUUCUGGAGAGAAACAAACAGUUCUACAGCUGGGUGUUUGAAGGAAGACCCAAAACAUUUUGGAUGACGGGUUUCUUUAAUCCACAGGGGUUUCUGACGGCUAUGAGACAAGAAGUAACAAGGGCAAACAAAGGAUGGGCUCUGGACACAGUCACCCUGCACAACAAAGUGCUAAAGCAGGCAAUGGAAGAGAUCACAGCCUCGCCUAAAGAGGGAGUUUAUGUCUAUGGUCUAUACCUGGAAGGCGCCGGCUGGGACAGGAAGAACACCCAUCUCAUCGAAUCUUCACCCAAAGUGCUGUUCACAGCGUUGCCCGUCAUCCACAUGUUUGCCAUCAACUCCACUGAUCCCCCGGAUCCUAAGCUGUACGUCUGCCCCAUCUACAAAAAACCAAGGCGCACAGACUUGAAUUACAUCACAGCGGUGGUGUUGCCUACCAUGGAGGCACCAGACCACUGGAUCCUGCGUGGUGUCGCUCUGCUGUGCGACAUCACAUAAGAGAUAGCUAAAUGUCUUAUAUGAUAUAUAAUAUGUAAUAUUUUAUGAAGGAAAAAUAAAUAAAUGUUAGUGUCCAA